AUGACGUCUCCCCGCGCCGCCGCAAGCACCGAUUCCGACCGCGCCGACCGCCGCGGCCGCCGCCGCGACGCCAAGCCCUCUGAGGAGAAGGAGAACGGCCACGCCAAGCCCGGAAGGGAUGAGGACGGCGGCAACCGCCCUCCCCGGUGCGACAGGGUGUCAGAUGGGGAGGAAGGUGGCGAACGCCGGAGGAUGCGCGAUAGGGUUUACGACGAUGAGAAGGAGGAAGGCCGUCGGCGCAGGCGGGCUAGGGAUGCGGAUGAUGAGCCGGACGACCGCCGUGGCAAGCGAGACCGGGAGAGGGAGAGGGACAGCCGGCGCCACCGCCGCCGGAGCCCUAGCUCGGAGUCAGGGUCCUCACCCGACGGCCGUCGCCACCGCCGCCGGCGCCGAGGCGAGGGCUCGAGGCGGCGGGAUGACCGCAGGCGAAGGGAGCACGACGGAGAUGAGCGCCGGAGAAGCCCUGUGAAGAGGGAGCCGACCCCGCCACUGCCCCCACCACCGCCGCUGCUUCCGGAGAUGAUCCCUGGGCGCAUGGGUGGGAUCUACAUCCCGCCUUUCCGCAUGGCACAGAUGAUGCGUGAUGUGGAGGACAAGUCGAGCCCUGAGUAUCAGCGCCUCACCUGGGAUGCUCUCAAGAAGAGCAUCAAUGGGCUGGUGAAUAAGGUGAAUGCGACCAAUAUCAAGAAUAUAGUGCCGGAGCUCUUCGCAGAGAACCUUGUUCGUGGACGGGGACUCUUUUGUCAGUCUUGCAUCAAGUCCCAGAUGGCCUCACCUGGGUUCACCGAUGUAUUUGCUGCGCUAGUUGCGGUUGUGAAUACCAAGAUCCCUGAGAUUGGGUGGUUGCUUCUUGUUCGUGUUGUGCUCCAGCUCAAGAGGGCAUAUAAGCGAAAUGACAAGGUGGUGGCACAUGAGCUCGUGGCACUGGAGCUUCUUACUGUACUCCUGGAAAAUCCAACUGAUGAUAGUGUUGAGGUGGCUGUGGGCUUUGUCAAAGAGUGUGGGGCAAUGCUGCAGGACUUGUCUCCUCAAGGGCUUCAUGCUAUUUUUGAAAGAUUUCGAGUCAUUCUUCAUGAAGGAGAAAUAGACAAGAGAGUGCAGUUUCUGAUCGAAGGCCUUUUCGCAAUUAGAAAGGCUAAAUUCCAGGGGUUCCCAGCCAUCCGUCCAGAGUUGGAUCUAGUGGAGCAGGAGGACCAGUUUACACAUGAGAUAUCCCUUGAAGAUGACCUAGACCCUGAGACCAAUCUAAAUGUUUUCUGGGCAAACCCCAAUUUUGUUGAAGAUGAGAAGGCAUAUGAGAAUCUAAAGAGAAGCAUUCUGGGAGCAGUCUUCUGA